GCGCAUGCGCACUGCGCCCCCCCGCGCCGCCUUAGGGCCUGGAGGAGGCCGGAAGCGUUUUCGAACGCGGAAGCGCGCGCGCGCGGCCGUUGUGUCCAGUACCUUUGGCUUGUUACAAAGAGAAGCUAUGGAGAAGUGGAGCUUAAUGACAAUUACUGUUUUACUGGCACUUACUGUACGCUGGACUGUAUCGCUUGGUUCUUAUUCAGGUGCAGGAAAACCACCUAUGUAUGGAGACUAUGAAGCUCAGAGACACUGGCAAGAAGUUACUUACAACUUACCCAUCAGGCAGUGGUACUUCAAUACAAGUGAUAACAACUUGCUGUACUGGGGCCUUGAUUAUCCACCUCUUACUGCCUAUCACAGCUUUCUGUGUGCUUAUGUUGCAAAGUUAAUAAAUCCUGAUUGGAUUGCUCUCCACGCAUCUCGGGGCUAUGAGAGUCAGUCACAUAAGUUAUUUAUGCGUACAACAGUGUUUGUUGCUGAUCUGCUGAUUUAUAUUCCUGCAGUUAUUUUAUAUUGCUGUUCCUUAAAGGAAACAUCUACUAAGAAGAAGGUUUCCAGUGCUCUCUGCAUACUUCUUUAUCCAGGCCUCAUUCUUGUUGACCAUGGACACUUCCAAUACAACUCAGUGAGCCUUGGAUUUGCCUUGUGGGGUGUGCUCUGCUUGUCUUAUGACUGGGACCUUCUGGGGUCGGUAGCAUUUUGCUUGGCCUUAAAUUAUAAGCAAAUGGAACUCUACCAUUCUCUGCCUUUUUUUUGCUAUUUGCUUGGAAAAUGUUUCAAGAAGGGACUGAAAGGAAAGGGGUUACUGUUGUUAAUUAAAUUAGCAGGGACAGUGGUGGUUUCCUUUGCUGUCUGCUGGCUCCCAUUCUGUACUGAUGUGGAACAAAUCAUGCAAGUACUCAGAAGACUCUUUCCCAUUGACCGAGGCUUGUUUGAGGAUAAAGUAGCCAACAUUUGGUGCAGCCUAAGUGUCCUUAUAAAGAUAAAGAAUGUAAUAUCACCUCAGACGCAGCUCAAGCUCAGUUUUGCUGUGACGUUGCUGAGCCUGCUUCCUACUUGUAUCAAACUGACUGUGCAGCCAUCCCUACGAGGAUUUAAAUUAGCACUGGUUAGUUGUGCAUUGUCAUUUUUCCUGUUCUCCUUUCAAGUACAUGAAAAAUCUAUUCUCCUCGUGUCAGUACCAGUCUGCUUAAUCAUCAAUGAAAUCCCUUUUAUGGCCACGUGGUUUCUGCUUGUAUCAACUUUCAGUAUGCUGCCUCUUCUUCUGAAAGACGGCCUGCUGUUGGCCUAUGCUGUGACAACGCUGGCGUUCCUGUCAGCCUGUGUGGCUUCCUUUGCAAUAUUUGAGAAGACCUCAGCAAAGGACCUGCAGCUGAAGCCGUUCUCCCUGUCCCUGCGGGGCUGUGUCUCUUGGUUGAAGCCCUUUCCCAAGAUUGUCAGGAAUCUGUUCCUUCUGUCUGUAACCCUGAUGGGCGUCCUGUCUGUGAUGAGUGCUGCCAUGCAUCCUCCACAGAGGUUCCCGGAUUUAUUCCCUGUGUCAGUGUCCAGUAUUUCUUGCUUACAUUUUUUAUUCUUUUUGGUGUAUUUUAAUGUAAUCAUACUCUGGGACUCAAAAAAUAGUAGGAAUCAGAAGAAAGUCAGUUAACUUGUGAAGACUGUGGACUGAGCUGUGAAAGGACAGUGGUUUUAGUGAGCAGUGUCUGACAUUGCAGGUGAACUUGUUUAUGAUGUCACACAAUUCCUGUAAGCUAAUGAAAAUUGGGAAACAUGUUACACAUGUAGCUAUGAGGUGAUCAAAGACCGUUCUAAAGGUGCAUUUUAAGGAAUACCUGGAAGUGAAAGUUGAUGUGUUUUCUUCAGAACUGUAAUACUUGUCGUUGCCUAAUAAAGGACC